AUAUAUAUUUUUAUGUAAAAGUUUGUAAAUAUCAAGCGAAAAAUUGAAAAUAUACAAUUGGAAAUAUAUUGUUGUAAAAGAUGUCUGCCUUUUUCUUUUACACUUUGUUUUAUAUUCUAAUGUCAGGAUGUAUUAUAUAUCCACCUACAGAAUUCGUGUUAGCCGGUUUCACAGUAAAAGACAUAUUUUCAAAUUGGUUAGGCAGUGAAAAUGAAUUUUUUGUACAGUAUCACAUAAAAAGAAGUGUCAUUACAUUAUUUGUACACUCUAUACUGCCUUGUGGUUAUGCCUUUGGUUUAAUUCUGUUUGGACACAUAGACAAUAUCAGUGUAAUACUAAGUCAUGUCAAUUUAUGGUCAAUAUUUCUUGCUUGUUCUAUAUUGGUGCCGGUAUAUACUUUAUCUAAAAUUUUAAUAUGGUCAAUGAAUAAUUGGAAAAAACAUCCUAUAGCAAAGAAUCUUGCAGUUUAUUCUAACAAUAGUGAUAAUAACAUAUGGACUACAAUAGCUCCUGAUAUUAAUGUAGAAUAUCAAAGAAUAGAUAAAGUAAUACUUACAACAAAUAGUAUAACAUGUGUAAUAGUCACUGACAAUUGGAUAAUUAAAGUUCUACCUUAUAAAAUAAUGGUUGCUCAUCAGAGUGAUACAGCUUUAAUAGUUAACAGAAGUGAUACUCAUGAAAUGUCACCUACGACAAGAGGAGAAGUUCAGUUUAUCAAUAUAGAGGUAAAACCUACUAGAGCAGGAUCACAACCAUUUGAUAUACGAUUGAAUGUAUUUGAUUUUAAAAAUUUACAAGAUAAAGUUUCUCGUCCAAUUGUUAUAUUACAAAACAUAACGUUUCACAAAACUUUACUUGAUAAAUUCAUUGAUAAUUUUAAACAACAAGUACAAGAAAAUCCACGUUAUGAAUAUGCAGAAGAAUUAAAUCAAUGUAUAGGAUGUAUGCAAGCUUCAUCAAAUAUAAAAUUACAUAAACAAUGUAGUAGUGGUAUAGGAAGUGGAAAUUCUGAAGACUGUAUGAAAUGUUAUUGUCGCCCAAUGUGGUGCAUAGAUUGUAUGGCAAAAUGGUUUGCAUCAAGACAAGACGAAGAGGCACCUGAAACGUGGUUAUCAUCUAAAUGUACUUGUCCAGUGUGUAGAGCACGAUUUUGCAUUUUAGAUGUAUGCCUUAUACAGUUGAUUUAAAUAUAAUAUUUCAAUAUGUGAUUAUAUUUUUGAAGUUACCUUUGUUAUAAAAAAAUAUUUUAUCUAAUAGAAAUAAUAAAUAAUACUAAUAAUAUAAAAAUCA